GCUGGCUGCUGAGGUUAUUGUUUCAUUUCAUGUUGGGGCCCGUGGUGGGCUAAUCCCCAUUUUGUCAUCUCUGAGAAGGACAACCUCUCAGUGAGGAGCUGCUACAAGUAUCAAUGUUCACCUCUCCAAGUGCAACAAGACAUCUUAGGCUGCCCUUGUCAAACUUAAAUUCCCCUCCCACCCCUCACUGCCCUAAAUAUACCCACCCACCCAUUCUUUAAUUCAAUAUAAUAAUAAUUCAACACACAUGCUAGAAGCAUCAACAACACUUGCACUCAAAUCCCUCAAUCACAUGGAUCUUGAAGAGUGGGAGCUCCUCUCUGAUGAGGGAUUUCUUGAAAUCAAUGAUGAUGGAGGGAAGAAGUUGUUGCACACCAAGGCCUCCACUACCAGUGAUUUCCAGAUGAAUUACUUCAUCUGUCCCCCAAAAGAAAGCCUCAAGAAUCAGUUUUUACCUGUUCCAAUAGAUCUGGAGAAGCCACAGGAUGAGGUGGUGGAUGAAAAAGACGGCAUAAAAAUAAUCCCAGUUGAGAGCACAGAUAUGAUGAUGAUGAUGAUGAUGAUGAUGCCUGAGAAGAAGAUGAAACCUGUUUUAAGCAGCGGGGGGGCGUUGGGAGUUGAUCAAGAUCCAGCUGUUUCACAAGUCUUCUUCAAGAAAAUGAAGGAAACUGAAUUCGUCGACAUGAAGGUGGAGUCACCAAGAGGGGGUAGUGGUACUAGUAGUAGUAGGGGGAUCAUGCCUCAGAUUGAAGGUGCGGGAGUUUUUCAGUUUGAGGAGAAGGGAGAUGAUGAUCCCUGCAAUAAAGUAGAUGUUGAACCAGAGAUGGUGAUGAAUAAAAGGGAAUUGGGUUUGGAGGAAAGCGAUGAGGAUGGGAUCAACAUAUGGAAAUGGAGCUUGACUGGGAUUGGGGCGAUUUGCUCAUUUGGAGUGGCUGUUUGCAUAAUUAUUCUGACCAGCCACCGCAAGAACAAAUAUGGUGAUGGGAAGCUUCGAUUUCAGAUUUACACAGAUGAUAAGAGGAUGAAGCAGCAAGUGGUUGAGGGCGAGGGUGGUGGUAGUUAUAAUAAGAAGAUCAAUGAAGCAAUGAAAGCAGUGAGAGGAGUUCCCAAUCCCAUGUCCAUGACCACUAGAAGAGCUCGUAUCACUUAUGGGGGCUACUAUGAUGCAUCAUCUGUUUGAAAAGAUAAUUAUUUAUACAUGGAUGGGAAUAGAGGUGUAGACUGAAGAGUGCAUCAAAAGGUAUAUACGUACAUAAAUAAAAUAAUGCCCUCUGCUCACUCUCAAUCAGUACAACAAGAAGCAGAAGCAGCAUCUUUCUACCGGUAGGUAUGGUAUAUAAAGAUGGUUAACAAAUGAUUGUAUUUGUAUGUAGGUAUGUAUAUGGUUUUGAUGUUAUUGGUGGGGCGAAUGUUGCUAAUCUCCAAUGCCAAUGAAUUAUUAUUAGAAA